AUGUAUAUGUGUACAAGUAGAUCAGCUAAAACUGCUUCCCAGCAAGCAGAAAUAGCUGUCGAGAUCAGUAGCAGGAACACUGACAAGCGUGAACCAGGAGCGAGACUGAAAUACAUGAGAGAAGCAACCCCCUAUGUGAAGAAAGGCUCUCCUGUUUCGGAAAUCGGGUGGGAGACGCCUCCCCCCGAAUCUCCCCGCUUGGGUUGUGCCUCUGCUGACCCCCUGUCGCAGCUUUCGCUCUCCGUCCACAGAGACAAGAAGACAAUACCGCUCAAGAUGUGCUACGUGACCCGCAACAUGACGGUGUCAGACCCCGAAAACAGACUUAUUGAAGUUCAUUCGCCUGAUGCCAAGCACACCGUGGUGCUCAGGAGUAAGGAUUCGGCUACAGCCCAGGCCUGGUUCAAUGCCAUCCACUCCAGUGUCAAUGAGCUCAUCCCCAGGGUGAUUGCAGAGGUCAAAGACCAGCUGGGUAAAACAGGGAUUGCUGGAAGUCGAGAGAUUAGGCAUCUAGGCUGGCUUGCAGAAAAGGUGCCAGGAGACAACGAGAAGCACUGGAAGCCAGUGUUAGUGGUCUUGACGGAGAAAGACCUCUUAAUAUAUGAGAGCAUGCCGCGGAUGAAGGAAGCUUGGUUCAGCCCUCUGCAUACCUACCCCCUGCUAGCCACCAGGUUGGUCCAUUCCGGCCCAGGAAAAGGCUCACCGCAGUCCGGCGUGGAUUUGUCUUUUGCAACCCGCACCGGCACAAGGCAAGGGAUCGAAACCCAUCUGUUCAGGACGGAGACCAGCCGAGACCUCUCACUGUGGACAAGGAGCGUAGUGCAGGGCUGCCACAAUUCUGCGGAGCUCAUCACAGAAAUCACCACAUCUUGUACAUACAAAAGCCAGGAGUGCCGUUUGACCAUCCAUUACGAACACGGAUUCUCUCUUACAACUGAACCGCAAGAUGGUGCCUUCUCUAAGACAAUUGCACAAUAUCCCUACGAAAAACUGAAAAUGUCCUCAGAUGAUGGGAUAAGGAUGCUUUAUUUAGACUUUGGAGGAAAGGAUGGAGAAAUUCAACUGGACCUUCAUUCCUGUCCAAAACCAAUCGUAUUCAUCAUUCAUUCCUUCCUGUCAGCAAAGAUUACAAGACUUGGCUUGGUGGCAUAAGAGGGAUACAUCUGUUUCUUCAAAGCAAGACGGAGCGACCAUGCUCAUCUGAAGUUCAGUCAACAGCAGCAACCCCUACCAGCGAGCAGCACACACCAGCCAGGGGUUCAGUGCGGGGCCUUGGUCAUCUCUGCAGUCUUCCAAGGCCCGGGUUUCAUUUUGAUCUGCUAAAGAAGUGGCAUGACAAGGAAAACAGUGGAUUUCAUUGUAAAUAAUGGAAUUUUAAAAUCCCGUAUGAGACAGUAAAAGCGUGUAGUACCAUACAUGUAAAUGUUUCAGAAUCAUAACUUGUGCCUAUUUCAAUGUACUUGUUUCUAUAGAGUAAGUCAAGGGCU